AGAGUGCGGACCCAAAGACAAGGGCUUCGCGUCCUAAAAGCUCUGCUUUCCGGAAUCCGGUCCACUCGUUUUUCUUUUCUGAUGCUGUUUGUCCCUCGCGAGGCACCGUUGGCUCGCCUAGUAGGCGUGACUGGGGGCUGGAAGUAGGGCGGGAGCGGGGCUCUGGAGGCGCGGCGGCCUCUGUCAUGGACUCCUGGGUCCGCUUCAGUGCUCAGAGCCAAGCUCGGGAGCGGCUGUGUAGGGCUGCCCAGUACGCGUGCUCCCUUCUUGGCCAUGCCCUGCAGAGACGUGGGGCCAGUCCUGACUUACAGAAACAGAUUCAACAACUGGAGAGUCAUCUGAGCCUUGGAAGAAAGCUUCUACGCCUGGGCAACUCAGCAGAUGCUCUGGAGUCCGCCAAAAGAGCUGUGCACUUAUCCGAUGUUGUCCUGAGAUUCUGCAUCACUGUUAGUCACCUCAAUCGAGCCUUGUAUUUCGCAUGUGACAAUGUCCUGUGGGCUGGAAAGUCUGGACUAGCUCCCCGAGUGGAUCAGGAGAAGUGGACUCAGCGCUCAUUCAGGUACUAUCUCUUUUCCCUCAUCAUGAAUUUGAGCCGAGAUGCUUAUGAAAUUCGCCUACUCAUGGAACAAGAGUCUUCCGCUUGUAACCGGCGACUAAAGGGUUCUGCAGGAGGAGUGCCGGGAGGACUUGAAACUGGGGGACCUGGGGGACCAGGAAGUCCAGGAAGAGGCUUGCCUCAACUAGCUCUGAAGUUUCGGCUCCAAGUCCUGCUCCUGGCUCGGGUCCUUCGAGGUCAUCCCCCACUUCUGCUGGAUGUGGUCAGAAAUGCCUGUGACCUCUUCAUUCCACUGGACAAAUUAGGCCUGUGUCGCUGUGGCCCUGGGAUUGUGGGGCUUUGUGGCCUUGUGUCCUCCAUCCUGUCACUUCUCACCCUAAUCUAUCCCUGGUUACGACUCAAGCCGUAACAGUCUGGUACACGAUAAGGAAGGGACCUGAACCGGUGAAGUGGGAUCUUAGAUCGUCCCCCAUGUACCGGCCUCACUGUAACUCGGGAUAUAGGGGUUUAGGGAGAUUUGGGGAAGAUGAGGCGAAGACAGAUGACGUCAAUGGAAUGAUUCUGAUGCUCAGAUAUGCCUAAGCUUUUGUUCUUUUCCUCUCAUUGUCUGAAUCUCUCUCGGCUCUCUUUAUUUUAUUGUCCCAAGUGUAUUUAAGAUACUUUUUACUUUAUCUCCUCAGUCCCCUGUCCAGGAAUUUAAACAAAGGUACUUUCUGGUAGAGAAGGUAUCAGGUUUGGUUUAUAAAACUCUGCCUUCUUUUUUUCUCCCAGAGGAUGCUUUUGGCAAGUUUUUUUCUCCUUCAAACUCCAUAUCA